AUGGCGGACGAAACAACUGAAAUAUUAGAACAAGAGAAAUCGGAAUUGUUGAAAGAGAAGAAUAAAAAUCAUGAAAAAAUUAGGGUUUUGACUGAUGAGAUCGAUGGAUUUAAGAGAAAUCAAGUAGAAUUGAAUGAGAAAUUGGAGAAGAUGAAUAAAAAAUAUGCUCAAUUUGAACAAAAGAACAAAUCACUUCAAUCAAUUGUUGGUCGAGCAUUUGAACUCGAGACUGAGGUUUCUCGUUUGCAACAUGAUAUGAUUUCUACUAUGUCCGAGAAGGAUGAGAUGGGAUUGGAGUUUCAGAAGCUUAAAUCUGAAUUCAAUGAAUUGAAAGAGAAAAUUGCUGAGAAGGAAUCGAAGAUUGGAGAUCUGGAGAAAGAGAAGAUUUCUCUGUUAAAUGAGUGGUUUGUGUGA